CUCUCGGCUGGGAGAGGCUGUCGCGGCUGGGGCUGGAGCUGCCAGUUUGCCUGUUGUUUAGGUCUCACGUGGUGCGGGCUGUGGGGGGGAGAGGCCCCCCUGUCGGAAAGGGAAAACAAGGGGGCUGAAACACGUGAGCUGGCAGGAUGUCUCCGGGCCUGGGCCGUCGCCAUCUGAAAUGGCGUUAAACGGACACACAGAAUUGGCUGGCUUCCCGGUUGGUGACAGUUCAGCAGCCCCACAGGCAUGGCUCGCCUGGCACAGAGCCGGAGCUGGGGAAGAGCCGCACCGCGACCUGCGCGGCACUAGCUUGCCAGUAGCCGCUCUGCCACCGCUCCCCCAGCUCAGCGCCAUGUCGGAGGGCUGGGUGGACUGCCCCACCCUGGGGCCCGGAUGGAAGCGCCGCGAGGCCUACCGCCGAUCCGGGGCCACCUGUGGACGGACGGACACCUACUAUCAGGGCCCCAACGGCGAGAAAUUCCGCAGCAAGAUCGAGCUCACCAGGUUCCUGGGGCCGUCGCAGGACCUGACCAACUUCGACUUCAAGAACGGUGUGCUCCGCGACCCGCCCCCCAAGGUACUGGGGCGGGGCGGGGGGGCUGGAGCACACACACGGGAGGGUCGGAAUCCCUGCGCCAGGCCUGACCACGAAACUCGGCUGGGUUUCUUGCCAACGCAGGUGAAGAAGGCCCAGAAGAGGCGCCUCUCACUGUCAGAGCCAGAACUCCCAAACCCCCCUGAGCAGCUUCCCCCCAAACAGCGUCCCGUGAAGCCAGAGCCCCCGGAGCAGCCGCCCCCGGAGCAGCGGCCUCAGCCCCUUCCAGAGCGACGCCCCCGGAAGCGUCCGGUGCCCCCGCUGGAACCGCAGGAAUCUGCGCAGGAUGGUGUAGUGGCAUGCUGUGCCAGCUGCCAGAACUACUUCCCCGGGGUGAUGCUGCCCAGCCAGAGACGCUGCCGCUGGCUGUGCCCGGACUGCCGAGCCCAGAGAAGAGACUUCAACAGGGAGCAGCGGUUCUUCAAGCGGGUGGGCUGUGGGGCCUGCCAGGCCUGCCAGAUCCCCGAGGACUGCGGCAUCUGCGCCGUGUGCGCCGUGCGGGCCAAGAACCCCGAGCUCCGGAUCGGCAGGAAGUGUCUCCUGCGCCGGUGCCUGAAAAUCGUCAAGAAGGGCUUCGGCUGCGGCGUGUGCCAGGGCUGCCAGGCCACCGAGGACUGCGGCAGCUGCUACAUCUGUCUGCGGAGGCUGAAGCCCGGCCUGAAGCGGCAGUGGAAAUGCCUGAAACGCCGCUGCCUCAAGAAGAAGAAAUCGGUGGUGGCGAAGAAGGCAGGAUACGGCCCCCGGAAACUGACCGUCGACGGGCCCCCCGCCAAGCCCCAGCUCGCCCCAGGGAGGCGCCGCAGGAGGCUGCCAGCGGCCGGGCCCAGCGCUGACGGCCUGGCCCCUAAACCUCGGCGCCGUAAGAGAUUAAGCCCUGCUGCCGCAGCCACAAAAUGGAAGCCGUCACUGGAGCGAGACCCUGGUGGCCUUUCGGGCUCCCGGCGCAGGAAACAGCUGGGUAAAGUGAAGGAGAAGAAGAAGCCGGGCCGGCCGCCGAAACACCCGAGUGCCAGGGCCCGGAGCAGCGUGCUCUGCUCCAAGAGCCGGCGGAACCGCAAGUGCGGCGAGUGCGAGGCCUGUCUGCUGAAAGCCGACUGCGGCCGCUGUGACUUCUGCCGGGACAAGCCCAAGUUUGGUGGGGAGAACCUCAAGCGCCAGAAGUGCCGCUGGAGACAGUGCCUGCGCUUCGCAAUGAAGCGGCUGCUGCCGGCGGUGUGGAGCCGCGGGCAGGCGGAGGAGGGGGCGGGGGCUCUGGCCCCCCGGAAGGCCUGGAGGCGCAGGAUCGGCCGCAGCCGCCAGCCGGCCCGGAUCAAGCAGGUGGGGCGGCGGGUCAAGGGGAGCGGCCAGCAGCGCUGGGUUCGGGGCAGUGCCCUGCCGCAGGAGAAGGAGCGCCCGCCGGGCGGGGAGCUGCGGUUCCUGGCGGAGAAAGGGGUCACUGAGGCGCCCGGGCAGCUGGUGCUGCUGAAGGACCGGCCGGGCAGGGACUUCGUCCUGCUCCGCGACGCCCCCCAGAGCUUCCCCCUCCUGCUGCAGCACGUGAAGGAGGAGCCGGCCACACCCCCGCCCCCUGGCCGCCUCGAGCAGGAGCCGGCCCCCACCCUGCUCAUCUCCGCCCCGCCCCUGGUGAAGCAGGAGCCUGGAUGGGACCUUGCACCGGUGCCAGUAGGGGUGCCCCUGCGGAUGGAGGGCCGGGGGCUGGCCAGGGAAGUGGUGGUUCUGGACCCAGCUGAGAAGGAGAAGGAGGAGGAGGAGGAAGAAGAGCGCACCCCAGUGAUCAUGGAGAUCUACAGCCUGGGGGCGCUGGCGGGGCGGGCGCCCCUGGACCCGGUGCUGCGGGAGUUCCUGGCCGAGCUGCAGGAGAUCCCGCUGCCAGCCCACUGGGAGGUGCAGCCGCCCCUGGGGGGGCCCGACCUGCGGCUGGUCCAGCGCUCGGCCCGCUCCACCAUGGCCGCCACCGUCAUCCACAUCCGCCCGGGCCUCUUCUUCCAGGUGGUGGCGCGCCAGCUGCCCGUGCCCCCCGAGCACGAGGUCUACGCCAGCCACCCUGCCCGCCUCACCACGGUGGACGAGGUGGUGGAGCUGAUCUGCGACCUGGAGGCCUAUCGCCUCUGCCCCGGCUGGCCGGCCGGCUGGCACGCCGGGCAGCGCUCCCAGGCCUGCGACGUGCUGGUCUACUCGGGCUGCUGCCCCCAGUGCCGCCUCAACCCCUGGCCCUCGGGCAGCGCCGGCCCCUAGGCGCCCCCCACGCCCCCAGAGCUUCUAUUUUUGACACUGGAAUCGGCUGGACCCUGCCGGGUUGGGGGGGGGGGAGGGUCAGAGGUGGGCGCGGCCAGGGGGGGCGGCGUGGCACCAGUUUCUUUUCGUUGUUUGUUUGUCCGUCCCCCCCUCCCCCCCAGCUGGGGGAGGGCUGAAGGGACAUUUCCCUCCCCCUCCCGCUGUGGUCACAUGAGUGGCUCUAGCCAAUGAGGAGCUCUCCCCCAUGUCGAUUUCUUCUAUGCCUCCCCCCCCCCGGUGGGGCAGAGGGCUCCUUCCUCCUGGGCCCCCCCUGCCCCCUUCUGCAGUGACUUGGGGGGCAUGGAUUUCAGAUGUCAUCUUAAUUGCUUUAAACCCCCCCCCCUUGGCCUGGGUCUUCCCCCACCCUUUGUGGGGGGCAGACGCAUGCUGGCUUCUCUCCCCGCAGGUGAUUGCUUCAUCUCCAGCAUGGGGCGGGGGGUCAAUUCCCUUUCUUCCUCCCCCCCGGCCCCCAGUUUAGAUUCCUGUUUUAAAACUUGAAUUCUUUGUUGGUGGCGAUUUUUCUGCUGCAGGUGAGAGGGGACAGCCCCGGGGGGUGGGGGGGGGUGGUUAGAGGACAUGGGUUGCUCUGACGGGGGGGUAGAGCUGGCCCCAUGCUGCCACCCCCACCCCCGGCAGUCAGAGGCUAGUGCUAAUUUCAGGGAGUUUCUGCCGAAGCCAUAGCUGCGUCCUUGGUGGGGGACAUCUCCCCCUCCCCCCAGUGGCCGGGGGGGCAGGGUGUGAAGCACAGAUUCCCCGCCCCCCACCCCCUGUCAGGGUUAGUUCUGUUCCUCCUCUUCCCCCCCCUGCACAGAAAGAAAAAAUGCGAAAAAAAAUUCCCACACCCCCCUUCCCCAGAAACUCGUCUCUAUUUUUUUUAUGUAUUAAAAGUUUUAAUGAGUA